AUGCACCAAACCUUAACAUUAUUUCUAUUCAUCAUUUCUAUUGCAUUUUCAUCGAGUUGGCCGACAAGAAAGCCGAAAUUCAAUUCAAAUAGUACAUGUUGUAUAUUAGCUAAAUUAAAUAUUAAUGCAACACGUGCUAAUCAUGGUCGAGAAUAUUUUUCAAAGCUAAUUCUCAAUAAUGAAUCUUAUAAAGAUGUUAAUGAAGAUAAUAUCUGUUCAUUGAUGCAUUUUUUUAUGCAAGAAGCUGUACUUAAUGGACGACCAAUUACAUUUUCUAAAGGUAUGUUUGUUUUAUAUGAUUCAACAAAACAAUUUUUUAAUCGCUUAAUGAUGGCAAAAGAUGCACAAACACAUGGUAGUGAAGAACAUCGUUCAGGUUAUUUUAAACGUUUAAAACAUUUUACACUUAAUUCUCUUAAGUCUAUAUUUCACUCAAAAAAAUUAAAUAAAUCAAUUCCAUAUUCAUUUAUUUAUGUUCGUGGUGAUGAAUCUUCACAUUUUCGUGAAAGAGGAAUUUCACAACUACAUAGAAAAACAAUUUAUCCAGCUUAUGGAAUGGAUGUUAAACAUGGUUGUAUGCCGAAUAAUUUUGGUCAUAUUUUAUUUGGAAAAUUAAGAGAUUUAUAUGAUAAUGCAUCGGAUCCUUAUUAUGGUGAUAGAAUUUAUAUUAAACCAGAAGAAUUUGGUCUUCAAAAAUUUAAACAUUAUAUUGGACAUUCUGGAAAAUAUAUACAACAUAUUUCACGUCGUGUAUUAUGUAAAAUUCAAAAACUUCAACAUUCUGCACUUUGUUCAAAUGAUGAAGCAUUUCGUGAAAAUACAGAUAUUAAAAUAACAAAACAAUGGAAUCAAAUUUUAUCAACAAUUCCAAUAUUAACUGAAAAUGAAAGAAAAUCUAUGCGUUUAAAAGUAUCUAAAGAAGGUAUUCAUGAAAUUUAUCGUCAAACAUCAAAAUUUUAUAAUAAUUAUAUACAAGUUCGUGAUUUUCAAAAAUCAUUAGAAAAUAAAUACGGUUAUGAUACACGAUCACGAAAAGGAAAUGAAAUUAUUUUUACAACUGAACAAUUACUUGAAAGUAAAAUAUCCUGUGAACCAAUCAUGUUGUCAAGCAAUUUAAAUCAUCAUGUACAAUGUUCUAUGCAAAAUACAAGCACGAUAAAUAGCAUGUUCCAUUAA